AUGGCGAAAAUAGGUAGACCAUGCCACGUCAAGGACAUUGCUGAGGCUGCGGGUAUGAAGGAAAGGUAUGUCAAAGAAUGGCUUGGUGCCAUGGUAACUGGAAGUAUAGUGGAAUUUGACACUUCCGAAGAGACAUAUGUUCUUCCCCCACAUAGAAUAGAAGUGCUGUGCCGGCAACGUGGACAUGGAUCUACAGCAGUCGUAUCAGAGGCAGUUCCUGCUAUAUGUGAAGUCUACUCAGAUAUUUUAAAAUGCAUGGAAAUAGACGGUCCGAAAGGAUUAUCGACACUGGUUUGUGAAAUUGGUUGUAGCUCUGGCACCGGACUGUGUCGUUUAGCUACAGACUAUCCCAACCCUAGAUAUUAUGGUAUCGAUAUUUCCCAGUCCGCUAUUAAAACUGCAACAUCACGGGCAGAUGCAGCUAAUCUAAGCAACGUAACUUUUAGUUGUGCCGAUGCCACAAGGUUACAGGAUGAUUGGGAAGCUAAAUUCGAUGUUGUGUAUUGUAUGGACGUGGUCCAUGAUGUACCUCGACCUGACAUACUUUUAGAAGAAAUCCAUCGCAUUUUAAAAAAAAGGUGGAUUUUUCAUCAUGGUGGAUAUUAA